AUGGCCCAAACAACAAUCACAGCAUUUUUUAAUAGUAGAAAAAGACCUGCAUCAGAGGAUUUAGUAGGUACAAAAAAUAAAAUAGCACACAUCGAACGUACUCUAGAUACUUCAGCUCAAUGUGGUCGUAAUAUUUCAAGCCAGAAAAAUAACGAUGUGAUCAAUAACAAUAAAACUUCGAAAGUCUCGCUUGAAAAAGAAUUAAAAGAAGAAAAAAGAGACUUAUGCAUUUUUCAAAAACCAACUUCAAACGGCGUCCUAAAAACAUCAAAAGAGUCUGAAGCCUUUUCAAGGAAGGUUAAUGCUUCUAAUAUUUCUAAAACUUCGUUAUGUUCAAAAUCAAUAUCAGUUAGUUCGGCCCGCAAAGAGUUAAGUUUAGGAGACAUCAGGAAAAAACUAGGUGGUAGUUCAAGGUUAGCAGAGUUAAAAGCAACUGCAGAUCGUCUAAGCAAAGGCAUUCAACAACUUAAAGAGAGCAGCGAUAAAAGAAAUCUAAAGGAAUUCAAGUCAUUUGAUGUGGAUGUACCUAUAAGUCCAAACAAAGUCCGUCAUGAAUUGCUGUCUUCACAAAAAGAUGCUGAUACCCAACUCCAAAGACCUCUCAUUUCACCCCGAAAAGUUGUUGUCAGUCCAGUCAAGAGUCCUAACAAGGUACCAGCCUAUAUUAGACAUGCAGCGUUGGCGACAUCUACUACCAGUUUACCUCUACCUCACCACUAUAGAUUUCUUGCUGAACUCUUCAGAGGAAUGGAAACAGUUGUUGCUUUGUUACAUAAUAGGAAUGAAAAAAUUACUUUUACCAAACUAAAACCCUCCAUCCAAGAGAUGCUUAAAAGGAAUUUCUCGGAAAAACAUUUAGCCCAAAUAAAACACUUAGUACCAGACUUUUACAAUUAUGAUAUACAGAAAAUAAAGAAUUUCAGUGGCUCAUCUCAAAAGGAAAAUUAUGAAUUAAUAAUAUCUCCCAACUUUCCAAAUGAUAUAAAAAUUAUGAAUCCAAGUGUUCUUUUAGAAAGGCGUAGAUAUUUCUAUGACACUUUGCUCCAAUUGGUAAAGAAACACCAUGCACAAUAUUUAUUGUCUCUAGACCCACCUAUGGAAAUACCCGAUAACAAACUAGUUCGUUGGCAUCCAGAAUUUGAACUUGAAAAGAUUCCUGAAAUAGAAUGUGCUAAAUUACCUGAAAUGCCAAAUGUAGAAACACUAAAUACCGCCCAUGAUGUACUUGCUAAAGCACGAGAAUUGUUCAACUGCAAUACAAGAAUGGAACGAGCAUUGGAAAAAUUAGCUCAAGCCAGAGCCCGUGGUCUUACUGCGGAGGAGAAAAGUGUUACUGGUAUCAAUGAGGACAAACAGAUGCCUGCAAAAUCUACCACUUCAACACAAACAAAUCAAACAGGAUCAGUUACCAUUCUGAACCCAGCCCUCCGUAAUUUACCAUCGGCGUUAUUAGAGAAAGUAAAGGCUAAACAAGCAGCUAAAGCACUGGAAGCAAUGACAAAGUCCUCAGAACAUGAACAAAAAUACUUUAUAUACAGCCGGCUGCCAGACCUUGCAAGAACAUUAAGAAAUAUAUUUGUAACUGAAAGGAAGAAUGUGUUGGCACUGAACAUUGUUCUAUCUAAACUGGAGAGUAGUUUCAAAGCUAAUGUCUCUACUGCUGAUCUACAAAGAGACAUUAAAUUACUUACAGAAGAAGUGCCACAGUGGAUUAAACUACAUGAAAUAAGAAACACCACAUAUCUUAAAUUGGAUAAAAAUUGUGAUUUGAAGCAAAUCACUUCCACGUUGGAAGCAGUGGCUGCUAAACUCAGGAGUGGUUAG